AUGAGCUUCGGAUUUGGGAUAGGUGAUCUCGCGGCCGUCGUUCGCCUCGCAGACGAGGUUCGCAAACGCUUCGUCGAUGCCCCUUCCCAGUAUCGAGCGAUAAGAAAUGACAUAAAAUCUUUGUCUGUUCUGCUCAUGGACAUCGAGGAUACUCUGCCGCACCGCGAGCUUUCGACGCAGCGAGAGCAAGAAUUGCACGAGGUUCAGCACCGCUGUCUGGAGGUGCUGGAAGAACUUAAGCAAGAGCUGGCAAAAUAUCCUGGCUUAGGCGCCGAAGGGAAGGGCAAGCGCGAAUCUUUGCGCGAUGCAUGGAAGAGACUCCGAUGGGAUCAGAAUGAGCUUGAUGGGUUUCGAAACCGGCUUGCGCUGUGCAUCAGUGGAUUCAGCGCAUUCGUCCAGUGUUUGACCAGUGAUACAAUGUUCAAGAUUAAGGCUGAAGUAUCUCGACUGAAUCAACGCGAAGAUGACCGUGAGCAGCGAGAAAAGCGCAAGAAGAUCCUUGACUGGUUUUCCAAGGCCGACCAUGCCUCACAGCAAAGAGAUGUUCUCGCCAAACGACAAGAAGGCACUGGCUUGUGGUUGCUCAAUUCUGAUGAGUUCCAGAAGUGGCUCACCGAGCCUAGCAGCACGAUGCUGUGUCCUGGGAUCCCCGGAGCCGGCAAGACCAUCCUCUCCGCCAUCAUUAUAAAUCAUCUGCACGAGAUGUUUCGAGAAGAUCCGGCCAUCGGUGUUGCUCAUUUCUACUUCAACUAUCAAGGCAAUCAAGAGCAGGGUCAUGAGGCUGUAGUAGGCUCGCUCCUGCGGCAACUCCUCGAGAAUAUUGAAAUCUUGCCCGCUGAGAUCCUGGAUCUUUACGGGCGGCAUGAGAAAGUCCCCUCUAGACCUUCACUAGAAGACCUACUGGCUGCGUUCCAAACCACUGUCGCUACUUACACCAGAACUUUCAUCGCAUUGGAUGCCUUGGACGACUAUGACGUAACGGAUUAUACAGGGCUGAAACUCAUGGUGAGCAAUCUACUACAUCAACAGCGGACGAGCGCCUAUAACCUCGUUGCUACUUCACGGCCCAUAUCAGAGAUCACCUCGCAGUUCCGUGGAUAUAUUGUCAAGGAGAUCAGAGCACACGAGGACGACGUUGAGGCUUAUGUUGACUCUCGAAUGCACGAGCUUCUGCGAGGCCAUAUAGUGAAGUAUUCCGAACUGCAGCAACUAGUCAAGGCCGAGGUGCUUCACGCAACUGACGGAAUGUUCCUACUUGCUCACUUACAUAUGGACUCUCUGAAGGGUUUUCCAAGACGAGGAGAUCUUAGGCGAGCUGUUCACGAUCUACCAAAAGGAGGAGAAGGUCUCCACAAGACUUACGACCAGGCUAUGGAGCGGAUAGAACGCCAAAGCGAGGCCAAUCGCGCACUUGUGAGGAACAUUCUCAUGUGGGUCAUCCACGCUCAACGGGCUCUUUCCGUCCAGGAACUGGUUGAAGCCCUCGCCAUUGAACCCGGAGCAACUCAACUCAACGUGGAAUUAUGUCCGGAGCCCGAGGAUCUGGAUUCAUUGUGUGCUGGUUUAGUCGUCGUGGACCAUAACACGGAAAUGGUCCGACUAGUUCACUACACCGCACAGGAGUAUUUUCAGCAAAAAAAUCCUUUCCCAGGGGCGCACACGGCUCUUUUAGCGGCAUGUACUGCUUAUCUGUCCUUCGAUACAUUCUCCGCUCAACUCGCCAUCGCUGGAUUCCCAAUGUGGGGCCUAUUGAAGCCGCAUGCUUUCUACCUCUAUGCUGCAGGAUUUUGGAGCUGUCACGCCGGGGUUUCAAACUCGAUUCCCAAAUCAGCCAUAGCUUUUUUAAAAAGUUCUUCUAUCUCACUUCAGAACGCACUCGAGGUGCAUCGCUGUGUAGUCGAACGAGGGUCGAUGAUUCCUAAUGGCGUAAAAUUCGGUUCCAAGAUGCUAGGCGUGCACGUGGCCGCUUACUAUGGUCUCAAUUCUAUUUUGGACAAUAUGAUCGAAAGCGGUCAGACCCCAGAUGCUAAGGACGUUUGGGCACAGACCCCAUUGUUCUAUGCAGCGUUUAGGAACCACGCCCACACGGUAAAUUACCUUUUGCAUCGACAUGGGUUAGAUCCGAAUUAUGCGCGCUAUGAUCGGAGAACACCAUUGUCUCUCGCUCUUAAGAAUCGAAGCCUGGCAUCAGCUCGAACAAUCUUGGACCAUUCCCGAACCAACCUCAAAGAUGUGCAUGACCAUGCAGAAGCACCCCCGUUCGGCUCAACGAAAAGACCAUACAGAUUGUUAGUAUCCAAUGGCUACGACGCGCGUGAUGGGGACAUGGGGCCACGCGAUGCUCUAGCGACGGCUAUAUUCUGGCGCCAGAAGGAGGCGGUGCGAUGGAUCCUUGCAAGAGAUGAAUCAGAUUGCACUAGCGGUAACCAGACUGGGUGUGAUAUUAGCCGAGCUUUGAUGGAGGCGUUCCGAAUAGGGAACAGGGAGAUCGUGGAAGCCCUUUUUGAGAAAUAUACCGGGGACUUUCAAGAGAAGGCUAUCAACGGUCGCUCAAUGCUGUCGUGUGCUGCAGAGGGUGGUCUUGUCGAGCUUGCGAUGAGGUUUCUCACUGAGCAUGGCGCAGAGGCUGAUUCAAAAGACUCAGAAGGGCGCACGCCGCUUUGCUAUGCUAUGAGGAGCUACACUCGUAUGACAUGUAACCAGGAUAUGCUCGAGCUACUUGUCGCGCACGGGGCAGAUCCUACUGUCGUGGAAGCGAAUGCCUACUCACCGAUGGGGUUCGCCGUAGGACUAGAGCUUGUGGAGAUUGUUGAAUUCUUUCUCGCAAGGAGUUUUCAUGCGUCUUUGGAUUCAGAUAACAGAGGCGGCCUGUUUUCGUUGCAAUUGGCAUUAGGUCUUGCUAUCUCUUCUGUAGCACCAUCUAUUCUAAAGCUUCUGGUCAGUAAAUACGGCGCGGACCUAGAACAUGUCGACGCCGAUGGGCACACGCCGUUGUACUGGGCUGUUCGCUACAAAGAUAGAGGUGUGGCUUCGAAGGAGAUCUAUGAGUACUGCACGGCAGCACUGGAACGAGGACCAGAGCAUGGGUCUUCCGCGGGAAGUUCCACUAAUAGUGCAGGAUGA